AUGAAUUUGUGUAGAGAUCAGGCAUUGUCCUCCAAAAGCAAUUUUGAAAACAAGAGCGCUUCUCAGCUCAAUCCUCGGGCCAAAGUUGAGAAACACACAGCUCACGUCCCCAACUGCUGGAUGGAUGUCCCGAAAGACCAAUUAUCCACUCUUCUGGAUCAUGGCCUUUACGCUUCUGCCCAAAUGCUGGGUUGUUUUGCUGUGACGUCCGCCUCGAUAAAUUCUGAGACUAGUCCUCAUCUUAGAGCCGAAAGCUUGGUGCUGUAUGGGGAUUCACUCUUUCGAGGAAAGGAGUAUCGAAGGGCAAUCCAAAUAUAUAAGCAAGCAUUACAAUAUCACAAAAUACUACCAAAACAGAAUGCAUCGACACCCCCGGCAACUAGGAGUGCCUUGUCAGCGUCAAGUAGAUCUUCUUCUCCAAGUUCUUUCAACACUGUGGUGAUAAAUGAAAAUGAGGUUAAAUUUAAGAUUGCAACUUGUUACAGCUCACUUGGUGAGAACAGAGCUGCCCUUAUUGAGAUGGAGGGAAUUCCAAGCAAGUCAAGGAAUCUAGAAAUGCAUCUUGUGAUGGCAAAGCUCUACCGAAAUGCUAGACAUAAUCGAGCAGCAAUUGCAUGCUUUAGGGAGUGUUUAAAGAAUUGCCCGUACAUUAUGGAGGCUAUCAUUGCUUUGGCUGAAUUGGGUGUUUCCGCAAAGGAAAUUAUAUCAUUGUUUCCUCAGACUCCAAACAGAAGUGGAAGGUCUCCCUUUGAUCAUUUUGAUUCAAUUCGCUGGCUACAACGUUAUGUCGAAGCUCACUGCUGUAUUGCUUCGAAUGAUUAUAAAGCAGGUGGGUUGGAACUUUUCUCGGAACUUCUACAGCGAUUUCCAAAUAACACCCACAUAUUACUUGAAAUGGCUAAGGUUAAAGCUGUCAUUGGGAAAAAUGAUGAAGCCAUUUUGGAUUUUGAAAAGGUUCGGUCGAUCGAUCCAUAUGUGGUUACGUAUAUGGAUGAGUAUGCACUGCUUCUGAAGAUCAAAUCCGAUCAUUCCAAGUUAAAUAAGUUGGUUCAUGAUCUAUUGAACAUUGACCCCACAAAACCCGAAGUUUUCGUGGCUUUAUCUGUUUUGUGGGAAAAGAAAGAUGAGAGAGGAGCUUUAGCAUAUGCAGAGAAGAGCAUCCGUAUUGAUGAGAGGCAUGUUGUUGGUUAUAUAAUGAAGGGGAAUCUUUAUUUGGCGAUGAAUCGGCCAGAAGCUGCAGUGGUUGCGUUUAGGGGAGCUCAGGAUUUGAGGCCCGAUCUUCGUUCGUAUCAAGGCACGUUAACGAUACAAUUGACAGACUUGUUAAACAUAAAGGGCAUAUAA